AAAGUAAUUCUCAUUAACUGUUUUCUAGUAAGAUAAUCCAAUACUAACACUAAAACUGAACAGGAUGGGAAUGAAUAAAUGUAUAUGACGCGUGAUUAAUGUUAACAUAUUUCUCAGUCCGUCAAGUUCUCCUACUUUUUAUUUUGUGCCUAAACUUAAAAUAAACCACAACAAACAAUCAACAAAUUUUAAGCAAAGAUGGAUAGUAGCUGGCAGUGGUAUCCAGAAUGCGCAUUUCGUCCUGUCUGGUACUCGUCAUCUGGUGUUAGGGUAAACCCAAAUAACAAGCUCCAAACCGAACAAAAUACGCAUGCCGAAUUUCUCUAACAUUACCAAUCUGCAGUGUUUGGCUUGGUUCGCUUAUAAUACUUGUGAAUUAAGACAAUACCAAAGCAAUACGAACAGGAUGCACAUAAGCUAAUAAGAGACUGAUCAAUUUCAGUCCUAAACAUCAAUGAGAAGAUUCAAGUAAACAAUGCCAUGUGAAUUUAAACUUCACCGCAUUGCACAUAUUCAUAUGAGACGUAAAAAGCAGAUUAGUGAUGCAGAAACUGAGAUGACUGGAGUUCCAUCGAAUUAUAUGGAUAUACUUAAACCAACAUUAACAGAGAAAAGACUACAAUUUAAUUUACAUAUACCAUGGUCAAUUACUCCGAAAGGUUAUGCAAAGCUGCAUGAGAAAUUAACAUCACCAUGCAUCCCUCAUUCUGAUGGAAAAGCUGAUUCCAUGGCUGGUUGUGUGUACAGACAGAUAUUUCUCGACUGUGCAAACAGUUCAAAUGGUUUUACUCCUUGUUCGAAAAGUGAAACAACUUACGCAAGUCCUACUGAGAUGAGAAACAUAAAAAUUAGUCAGUAUGAAAUUAUUUCAGCCAAAAUGAUGGAAGCAAAACGACUUUAUGAAGAUCUUGAUUUUCCAGCAAAUAAUAAUUCAAUUGGAGACUUGCAACAAGUUUUGGGCAAAAUAGAAUGGAAAAGACCUAAAGAUAUUAAUCCUUAUGCAGCUUUUUGUACAAAAUCUUAUUCUCGUUUUGAUGUUGAUCAAGGUGCUCUUGGUGACUGUUGGUUCAGUGCGGUUAUGGCUACAAUUACGAAAUAUCCUGCAUUGAUGAAUAACAUCAUACCGUCAAAUCAAACUUUCAAAAGUUCACUUUAUACAGGAGCAUUUGUGUUCAAUUUUUGGCGUUUUGGAGAGUGGGUGGAAGUCGUAAUCGAUGAUCGUCUACCAGUUCUUAAGGGAACAUGUAACUUAGUAUUCAUGCAUUCAACAGAUACAAAUGAGUUUUGGUCAUGCCUACUGGAAAAAGCAUAUGCCAAAUUAUGCGGUAGUUAUGCACAUCUAACUGGUGGAUUUCAAAGUGAAGCGAUGGAGGAUUUUACUGGCGGAAUAUGUACUACUGUUAUUUUGAAUCAAAAAGAACGUCCACCAAACUUAUUUAAAAUGAUGGAACACUACACAAAAACAUGUUGUAUUUUGGGUGCUGAUGUUGGUGGAGAUAAAAAUAAAAGACGAGAAAAAAUGGGACUGAUAGGUUCUCAUGCUUAUAGUGUAACUGGGGUUGGGAAAGUUAAUUACCUCGGUAAAGAAGUGCAUUUAGUACGUUGUCGUAAUCCUUGGGGAGAAAAACAUGAAUGGAAAGGAUCUUGGUCAGAUAAUUCACCUGAAUGGAAAAAUGUCAAAUCUAAAGAUAAGAAAGCUUUACAGUAUAAAUCAAAAGAAGAUGGAGAAUUCUGGAUGUCGUUCGACGAUUUUGAAAAUAAUUUCACUCUACUUGAAAUAUGUCAUUUUGGAUACGCAAGCUUAGACCACAGAGAUGAAAUCGACAAAAAGAAAAGAUGUGAGGAAAUAUGUUUUGCUGGUGAAUGGGUUGCGAAUGUAAAUGCUGGAGGAUCAUUUAACUAUCCAGAAUCGUUCUGUACAAAUCCACAGUAUUUAUUUAAAAUUGGAGCUGACCACAAUGCUAAAGUUACUAAAACACAUAUCAUCGUAGGAGUUAUGCAAGAAUACAGAAGACUUUUAUAUGGCGGAGAUUAUGUGGCUAUAGGUUUUUCAAUAUAUGAAGUAUCUGAACUGCAAAAUACAUGUCUUACAGCAGAAGAAUUAUUAUGCCGAAAACCAUUGUUAACAUCAGACUACAUUCCAAGACGUGAAGUAACAUUAGAAGCUGACCUUUUUCCUGGAACAUUUAUUAUAAUACCAUCAACAUAUAAUCCAAAUCAAGAAGCACGAUUUAUUUGUCGGGUAUUCUCUACUGUAAAAAUGAAGCAAUUAGAACUGGAUGAGGAGAACCUAUACGAAGGCUUUCCAAAGUCAACAGUGGAAGCUCUUCAAAUAUCAUGUUAGUAAGUUUAACAAUGUUUCCAUUGAUUUGAUUCAUUUUAAUUGGAAUUUUAAGUCUAGUAAUCGAUAAGUUUGUGCAUUUAAUAAUAAAAAAUUUGUGUUAACCAUAGUUAUCACUGGAUGAUACACUUUUCCCAUUUCUUAACUUUCAUAUUAACAGGAAUCGACCCAGCAACACAUGGUCAUCGUGUUUAUUGAUUUAUUAUCUCGAGUUGUAGUACUGAAUAUUUUGUCGAAAGAAACUACCUCGUCAUACGACAGCGUAUGUGGAACUUUAAUCAUAUAUCUUUCUGCCUGAGAAAUUUUAAGUUUAUCUUAGUAACAUACUGUAAUAAGUACUCAUGAAAUUAUAUCGCUGGUUAUCGGUUUGUUUUAGCUCUUGGUUACAAAAACAAAUACUUACUUUAUGAUGGGCUCAGAUUUGCAAAUCUGUCGAUUAGUGACUACACUGAAUAUUGUAUCAUUAUGAAUGCUUUACUUAAAACUGAUACCCUAAAAAAGUCUACACCAUUUAAUUAGUUACAAUUAUCAAAAUUUUAGUGUUAUUUAAAUUGAAUAGAUGCUUUAUAAGACUAAAUGAUCAUAGAAACGAAUAAUUUAGUGUUCUACUACCAUUCUUAUUUUGAUAUUGUGACUUCAUUGAAGGAAGUUUUUAAAACAUGAUCGAAAUGAUCAUUUUGUUAAGUCAAACAACAGAAUUUUUACUCAUUCCUUUUCUUGUAGAAGGAACUUACUUCAUUGGAAUUA